CAACAGGCUCUCAUCUCAGAAAGACAAAGAAUUCAGAAUCAGUGCUUCUUCAUCCAGUAAUGUAAACUUCAUGUGUAAGGGUAGAAGAGAUGUUUAUUUCUCAACAGAGUGGAGUGAAGCCGUCACACUGAGACGAUCAUUGAAUAAAGCCAAACCGACACUGAGAGCAGACAGCGACAUCAUACCAGUAGGAGGCAGUGUGACACUGACCUGCUCUGUGGAUUCCUCUGCUGAUUGGAAAUACUACUGGUUUAGACGUGACUCAGGUUCAUCUGCUCUUCAGUCCAUAACAAAUGUUAAACCAGUUAACAAGGUCUCAGAAGGAGGCAUCUAUCAGUGCAGAGCAGGAAGAGGAGACCCAGAGAUCUUCACAGAGGACAGCAGAGCAGUCACUGUUUGGAAAACUGUUCCCAAUAAGGCUGUUCUCAGUCUGCAACCCAACUGGCCUGAGAUAUACAGUGGUGAGACAGUCACCAUCAGAUGUGAGAUCCAGGGAGGUGGAGACACUAAGUGGACGUAUCAAUGGAGUCCAGACAACUUAAACACAUCUCCACCACUCAGUGAACACAAGAUUAGCAGCACAGAUUACGACAGUGGAGGAUACAGUUGUAGAGGACUGAAGGACUCAUAUUCCUUUACAGAGUGGAGUAAUGUCUUCAGACUGACAGUAACAUCAAAUAAACCAAAGACCAAACUGAGAGCUGACAACAGAGAUAUUCCAGUAGGGGGCAGUGUGACCCUGACCUGCUCUGUGGACUCAUCAUCAUCUGGUUGGAAAUACUACUGGUACAGAGGAGAGAAAACCUCUGAACCCCUGACCACACAAGAUGCUGUUUUACAAUCAAAUAGACAAAUCAGUGUCUCACAGGGAGGAUCCUACUGGUGCAGAGGAGGGAGAGGAGACCCAGUUUACCUCACAGAGUACAGUGAUUAUAUCAGGAUCAACAAUAUUGUCCCAAAUAAGGCUGUUGUGACUCUGCAACCCAACUGGCCUGAGAUAUACAGCGGAGAGACGAUCAUGCUGAGAUGUGAGAUCCAUGAUGGAGACACAGAGUGGGAGUAUGAAUGGAAGAGUCCCCGUUACACAUUUCCAAAGAAAAAUGAAUACAUGAUUAGCAAAGCUUCUUCAUACCACAGUGGAAACUACAGAUGUAGAGGCAAAAAGAAAAAUGCAGAACAUAUUUCAACAGAGUGGAGUGCUGACAUCAAAUUAACAGUAUCUGAUAAUCCACCAGCACCUGUCCUCACUGUGUCUCCAUUAUGGCUGAGUCCUGGAGACUCAGUAACUCUGAGCUGUGAGGUUGAACAUCCAUCUGCAGGAUGGAGGUUUUACUGGUAUAAGACUGUUCCCAAACUAUCAGACAACUCCUACAUCUAUGAGCUGCUACCUGGUAGCAUCAAAGGGACUGAACAGGAUUCCUACAUCAUUCAUGGACCGACACACACAGCAAGAUAUAAGUGUAGAGCUGGAAGAGGAGACCCAGUGUAUUACACUCAACACAGCAAACCUGGGUUUGUUUGGUCUGGAGAUGUUCAUUCAGCAGUGACUCUCAUAGUGAGUCCUGACAGAGUUCAGCACUUCACCUCUGACUCUGUCUCACUGAGCUGUGAAGGAAACUUUACUAAGUGGAGAGUGAGGAGCUUUCCUGAGGACCGCUACAGGUCAGACUGUUAUAACUGGAGGUCCAUGACUGGAUCCACAUGCAACAUCUACAGUGAUCAGCAGAGUGAUGCAGUGUACUGGUGUGAGUCUGGAUCAGGAGAGUUCAGCAAUGCAGUCAACAUCACUAUACAGAAAGCAGAUAUUAUCCUGGUGAGCCCUGUGCAUCCUGUGACUGAGGGACAGUCUGUUACUCUUGGCUGCAAACUGAAGAGAGGACAAUUACUUUCCAACGUGUUUUUCUAUCAAAAUGACAAACUUAUCCAAAAUGAUACCAGAAGAGAGCUGAAGAUCUCUGCAGUGUCAAAGUCAGACGAAGGUUUCUACAAGUGUGAAUACUCAGGAGAAGAAUCAGCACAGAGUUGGAUGUCAGUUCAGGCAGUGUCCAGGCCUGAAAACUCUUCAUCUCUUAUACGAUUAAUUGUUGGGCUGGUUUGUGGAGUUGUACUUAUUAUUCUCCUGAUCCUGUUGUAUCUCUACAGACGAUCCAAAGAUUCUCACUCUGUCAGACCAAUCCAGUCUGAGAGCACCAAUCAGGACUCUGCCACACAUCACAUGGUCAACCUGAAUGAAACUCAAGAUCACAUCUACAAUUCUCUUCUCCAUGGUGAUACUUGUCUCUAUGAAUCAAUCAAAGGCUCUGAAGACCCAAAAUAG